AUGUCUGUUCUUCGACUGCCACGCUCGGCCCUCCCAGUCCUGACCACUCUGAUAGGCUCAGGGGCAUUCAUCGUCGGCCUAUGGAGCUUCACUUCCCCAGAGUCCGCGGCCGCAGCGUUUGGGGGAUACAUGGUCCGAGUACUGGAGUCGUCUUCCAGUCCAUCAAGCUCUGACAGCUCGAGGCGUAUGAUGUACAUCUUUCCCCACGGCAUCCGCAAUCUUACAUUGGGAUUAUCGAUCCUGGCUCUUACAGUGUACUGGCAAUUUGGCUACCGGUGUCGGACCUCGCCUGUGGCGCGGGCAGCCGUGCAGAGAUGUCUCGGCCUCGUCAUUACCGCCAACGCGUUGACGCCGAUCGUGGAUGCGUGGGUGAAUCUGUGGGUUGCGGAGGAGGGCAAAGACGGGGACCUGGAUAGGAAUGCUGCGCGGUUGCACGGGACAAGGUCGGUUUUCUGGAUCUGGUGGUGGGGUGCUCUAAUCAUAUCGACGGAGUUGCAGCAGCAGAAGAUUGUCUGCUUGAAAGAUUGGGGCCUCGCAGAUUGGGCGCUUCGGCGACUGAUGGGAGGCAGCGGCCUCUGUUCAGAGGGGGGUCCGAACAAGCAGCGCGAAUGGGUCUUCGGGGGCGCAAAGGGACUUUCGGCGGCGGCGACGACAUAA